CAAAAAAAAAGUGCCGAGAAAACCUGGGAGAGGAGCCAAAUCUUCCCAGAUGUAACUGAAAACAGCCAUAUGGUGGAAGCGCUCUUGAACGGAAACUUGAGCCAGUGGUUGCUGUCAUUACACAGACAUUUUUAUCUUCGAGGUGCAUGUCAGACACAUUUUAGGCAGAGAUAAAGACGAGCUAUUCGCCUGCUAUCCUAAACCAUAGUCCUUAUCCAUAAGAAUCAAGAAACAGUGUAGAGAGAAAAGAUACUGUACGAAGCUCAGAGAUGCUAUUUCAGUGCUGUUUAAUGGCAAAGACUUGGCUUGAAAGAGAUGACGUUAACUCUUCGUGAAUGAGUACUUAUCAUCUCCGACAGCUGCUUAAAACUGGUACACUAAACGUUCACACAUUUAAGGAAUUUAUACCUCUGUGUCACUUUUAAACCCAUUAUUUUUCAAACAUAAUCAGAGAGAUUAGAGACACUUGGAGGUUUAGAAAGAGACCUGUUGCAGAUUUUUUUUCACAUGCCUGGUGGCAGCCAACCACUUUGCUUCAAUGGAGACUCGCAGCUGCAAAAGAACACAUUGUAGAGGCUGCCGUUACCUCAGCAGCAACUGGGAGAUAGCCUAGCCUAGCUCAGGUCAUCACAGCCCUGCUAGCUUGACUCCUCCCCAACUCCAUCCUUCUCCUCCUGCAUCCCACGCAACACCCCUCCCUUUCUCCUUUCUCCAAGUGAAUUGCCAUGGCAUCAGUGCGCUUUACGGUGACGCCCACCAAGGCAGAGGACCUCCCAGGGUUGUCCGACACGUCGCCUGAUAUCAGCUCCCGCUCCGGUGCCCGAGUGCGCUUUGGCUCCAGGGAGAGCGUCAAUCGAAGUGACCCACUCAGCGAGGCGUCGGGAGCCUUGACGACAACUGCAGGAGGGGCGGAUACACCGGACCACAGCAAUGUGGAGCAAGGUGAUGGAAAUUCCAAAAUCUCCAGUGUGUACAUCAACAACACUCACGGGGUGGACGAUGAUGACUUCUACGACAGAAACUUGGCCUUAUUUGAGGAGGAGAUGGACACUCGGCCGAAGGUGUCAUCUCUGCUCAAUCGCUUGGCCAAUUACACCAACCUGACGCAGGGGGCCAAGGAACACGAGGAGGCCGAGAGCAUCGGCGAGAAGAAGAAAGCCGGCAAGUCGCCACAGAUGGGGACGUUUAUGGGAGUUUACCUGCCUUGCCUCCAGAACAUUUUCGGCGUCAUCCUGUUCCUGCGGUUGACGUGGGUGGUGGGAAGUGCUGGCGUGCUGCAGGGCCUUUGUAUUGUCUUCAUAUGCUGUUGCUGUACAAUGUUGACCGCAAUAUCGAUGAGUGCAAUCGCCACCAAUGGAGUCGUUCCAGCGGGAGGCGCCUACUUCAUGAUCAGCCGCUCUCUGGGUCCAGAGUUUGGGGGGGCGGUGGGCCUGUGUUUCUACCUGGGCACCACCUUCGCUGGAGCCAUGUACAUCCUGGGAGCCAUCGAGAUCCUUCUGAUGUACAUCGCACCUAAGGCAGCCAUUUUUGAGUCAAAGCACCCUGAAGGCGAAGGGGCGGCCAUGUUAAACAACAUGCGGGUCUACGGCUCCAUCUGUCUCCUCCUCAUGUCCUUGUUGGUUUUUGUGGGAGUGAAGUACGUCAACAAACUGGCGUCCAUCUUCUUGGCCUGCGUCAUCGUCUCCAUCGUUUCCAUCUACAUCGGAGCGCUGGUCUCCGCCUUCAAACCGCCACAUUUCCCCGUGUGCAUGCUGGGAAACAGAACUAUCAGUGGCCAUGAAAUUGAUGACAACCAGUGUGCGAAAACCGUCCUGCUGCCGAUCAGAGAGCCGACGGAGAGAGCUGACAACAACUUCACAGCUGUUAAUGAAAACACCACUGUGGGGCCGACCUUUGACCCCAGCCCUGCCCCUGAUCUGGUGGAGAAGACCACAUAUCUCUGGAACCAUUUUUGCCAGGGCCCUGAACUCAACGCCUCCUGUGACGAAUACUUCAGUUCCAACAAUUUUUCCCAGAUCGAAGGGAUCCCGGGGCUGGCCAGUGGAAUAAUUUCAGAGAACCUGUGGAGCUCCUACCCCAGCAAAGGGGAUGUGGUGGAGAAAGGCUCCCUUAGCUCCUCUCAUGAUGCACAUCCGGCCUCCACCCAGCAGCCUUAUGUGUUUGCCGACAUCACCACCUCCUUCACACUGCUGGUUGGCAUCUUCUUCCCGUCUGUCACAGGAAUCAUGGCUGGUUCCAACCGGUCCGGAGAUCUGAAAGACGCCCAGCGCUCCAUCCCCAUUGGAACCAUUCUCGCCAUCCUCACCACCUCCAUCGUCUAUCUCAGCAGCGUUUUCUUGUUUGGAGCCUGCAUUGACGGGGUGGUCCUCAGAGACAAGUUUGGAGAUUCAGUCAAAGGGAAUCUGGUGGUGGGGACUCUGGCGUGGCCGAGUCCCUGGGUCAUCGUGAUUGGCUCUUUCUUCUCAACAUGCGGCGCAGGCCUCCAGUCGCUAACUGGCGCUCCCAGACUUCUGCAAGCCAUCGCCAAGGACAACAUCAUCCCCUUCCUACGGGUGUUCGGCCACGGGAAGGCGAAUGGGGAGCCCACCUGGGCCCUGCUGCUGACGGCCCUGAUCGCCGAACUGGGGAUUCUCAUCGCCUCUCUGGACCUGGUGGCUCCCAUCCUUACGAUGUUCUUCUUGAUGUGUUAUCUGUUUGUGAACCUCGCCUGUGGCCUCCAGACGCUCCUCAGGACACCCAAUUGGAGGCCGCGCUUUUCCUAUUACCACUGGACCUUGUCGUUUUUGGGGAUGACUAUCUGCCUGGCGCUCAUGUUCAUAUCGUCCUGGUACUACGCAAUCAUUGCCAUGGUGAUAGCCGGCAUGAUCUACAAGUACAUAGAGUACCACGGAGCGGAGAAAGAGUGGGGGGAUGGGAUCCGCGGUCUUUCGCUGAGCGCUGCCCGAUAUGCCCUCCUGAGGUUGGAAGAGGGACCACCGCACACCAAGAACUGGAGGCCGCAGGUGCUGGUCUUACUAAAACUGGACGAGGACGCCCACGUCAAGUCUCCUCGCCUGCUGACGUUUGCCAGCCAGCUGAAGGCGGGAAAGGGCCUGACCAUCGUCGGCACGGUCGUAUCCGGCAACUUCCUUCAGAGCUACGGAGAGGCCCUCGCCGCCGAACAGACUCUGAAGCACCUGAUGGAUAAGGAGCGUGUGAAGGGCUUCUGUCAAUGUAUCGUGGCUCAGAAGCCACGUGAGGGGAUCAGCCACAUGAUCCAGUCCAGCGGCCUGGGAGGAAUGAAGCCCAACACGGUGGUGAUGGGCUGGCCUCACGCCUGGAGGCAAAGCGAGGACCCACAGUCCUGGAAGACCUUCAUCAACACAGUACGGGUGACAACAGCAGCCCACUUGGCCCUGCUGGUGCCCAAAAACAUCUCUCUGUUCCCCAGUAACAGCGAGCCCUGCACAGAGGGCUACAUAGAUGUCUGGUGGAUCGUCCACGAUGGAGGGAUGCUGAUGCUGCUGCCCUUCCUGCUGCGCCAACACAAGGUGUGGCGCAAAUGUGGGAUGCGAAUCUUCACAGUGGCCCAAAUGGAGGAUAACUCCAUCCAGAUGAAGAAGGAUCUGGCAACCUUCCUUUAUCACCUACGUAUUGAGGCUGAGGUGGAAGUGGUUGAAAUGCAUGACAGUGACAUCAGUGCGUACACCUAUGAAAGGACCCUGAUGAUGGAGCAGAGGUCUCAGAUGCUCAGACAGAUGCGACUGUCUAAAUCAGACCGGGAAAAAGAGGGAAAUCCUGGUAGCGGCAGCAGUAGGCCAGAGGCAGGUGGAGCUACAAGGUCUCAGGCGCAGCUGGUGAAAGACCGUAACUCCAUGCUGCGGCUGACGAGCAUCGGAUCAGACGAUGACGAUGACACCGACGGCGGGGAGCGGGAGAGGGCUACGAGCGCUGGCGGAGGCAGCACCGAGCAUCAUCGGCGAGUUCAGAUGACCUGGACCAAAGAGAAAACGUCGCAGUACAGAGCCACACACUCUGGCUGCUCCACGCCGGAGGGCUUCAGAGACAUGCUCAGCAUCAGGCCGGACCACUCCAACGUCAGGCGGAUGCACACCGCCGUCAAGCUCAACGAGGUCAUCGUCAACAAGUCCCAUGCUGCCCGGCUCGUCCCCCACAACAUGCCGGGACCGCCGAGGAACCCGGACGGAGACGAGAACUACAUGGAGUUCCUCGAGGUCCUAACAGAGGGACUGGAGCGCGUCCUGUUGGUCAGAGGUGGAGGAAGUGAAGUCAUCACCAUCUACUCCUGAUUGGACAAAACAGAGGAAGCUGGCGUUAAAGACGCAGCCAGUUGCGCAGAAGUGAGCGAAGGGAGACGAUGGGGGGCCUGUGUGUCCUGGGGGCGGGGGGGGGGGCGUGGGCCCCAAAAGGAGAGACUGUCAUUGGCUGCAGCGCCAGUCGUCACGCCCAACACCCCCCGACACACCCCCGUCAGCCCUUUUACUUUCAUCUUUCAGGGUUUCCAUUCCACUUAUGUCAAGCUACAGAAAUGCCAACACAAUACCACGAACGAGCAAAAAAAAAAGAGUGUGAUCAGCUGUGUGUGUCUCUGUGUGUGUCUGUGUGUCUGUGUGUGUGUGUGAGAAAGUCAUCCACCUGAGGGAGGGUUGGUUUGUUGGAGAAGGGGACCAGUGUUGUUUUCGGUGUGUCCGGGCUGGUGGACCAGCGAAUGAGAGGAAAUAUCAAAUGUAGAGCGCGAGAGGCUGUGAAGCGUCCCAGAAACGGAGCAGUCGUUCCACUGACGAGACUCAGGGUUGCUUUUUGUACAGAAUGUAUUUUGGAAGCGAAUGUGAGUGAUCUGAGAAAAGGCUGAAUGUCUGAGUGUUUUUUUGUUUUGUGGUUGUUUUUUUUUUUUCCUCCUUGUGAAGUUUAUUACAGUACUGUAUAAAACAGGAAACGUAACACUGCGCCACAGGAAGUGAGGAGCCUCUAGUUUUAAACCUGCUUACUGGUUUAUUUAAGGAAAAUCAGUGUGCGUCUGUGCUGUCUCCUUACUUGAAAAUGUUACAUUUUAGGAGAUAUAGGGGAAAAUGGUCAUCGUUUAAUUGCAUAUCAAUAGCGGCCUCCUUUUGUUCGAUAUCCACUAGAGAGACUGACUUAUCUUUUAAUUCUUGUAUUGGUCUGAACUUGCUGCUUUUUCUAAGAAUCUUCUCUCCUGUGUGGAGGCCCAUUUUUGCCAGGAAAAAUAAAUGAAAUUUUAAUUGGGAUUUAAAUUGAAACUGCUCAAAUUUUUCAUUUACUAUUUUUCAAAAACAACUUAUUGUUGACUUCUCAAAAUUAUGAAAUGAAGUCAUUAUCCCACUAAGGCCACAUCAUUAAUUUCAAAGAUUUUAAAAGUCUAAAUUUUGACUUCCUAAAUAAAAAAAAACUGAAGAUAAAAAAUGAAAAUAAUGACUUAAGGCAAAAAUGAUUAGAUAAAGAAAUCUGUUUUUACCUCAUAAGUAUUAUAAGUCAUACUUUUGAGGUAAAUCAAAUGUUUGAUUUACUCAAGUCAAAAUUAUGACUCUAAUUUCUUAAAAUAAAAAGCCUCU